AUGUCUAAUCAGUCUUCUUCCAAAGAUUCCGAUCACGAAAUUCCAGAUAUGAGAGCAUUCAUGGAGGCUAUAAACUCCAAACUUGAACGACAAAGGCUUGAUAACGAAAAUAGGUAUGCUGAAAUGAUGGAUGAACUAAUAAAAAUCAAAUUUGAAUCGAGAGGUAAGAGUGAUCCCGAGUUGUAUCUAGAGUGGGAAAAGAAGGUUGAGAGAGUAUUUGAAUGCCAUUACUAUAGUAAGGAGAAGAAAGUGAAACUGGCCGUAGUUGAAUUCAUCUAUUAUGCUGCAAUUUGGUGGGAUCAACUAGUGAGUAAUAGGCGUAGGAAUGGUGAGGGGAAGAUCCAAACAUGGGCUGAAGUGAAACGAAUAAUGAGAGAACGCUUUGUUCCUUCUCAUUACUAUAGAGAAUUGUACAAUAAGCUACAAAGUUUGGUACAAGGGGGAAAGAGCAUAGAGGAGUAUUAUCAAGAGAUGGAGAUUGCUUUGAUUAGGGCCAAUAUAGAUGAGGAUAGGGAGGCUACUAUGGCUCAAUUUUUGCAUGGUCUUAACAAAGAUAUUGUUAAUCUUGUUGAAUUGCAGCAUUAUGUAGAGAUGGAGGACAUGCUACAUAUGGAAAUCAAGAUAGAGCGGCAAUUGAAGCAAAAGAGCAAGAACUCCUCUUCAACAAAUUCUAAUUGGAAAUCCAAUUGGAAAUGUACAAAUUCUGCCCAAAACAAAGGAAAGGAAGUGUCUAAAGAUAAUAAAGCCGAAACAAAGGGGGAUCAAAGCAAUAAAAGUCGAACUCAAGAAGCAUUAAAAGGAGGCGAAUUGGUGUAUGCUAGUGAAGAAGAAAGUGGAGCUGAAAGUGAUGAAGAUUCAAUGCCCGAAUUGAAAGAUUGCUAUUCCGAUGAUGAAGCUAAGCAAGAGGGGCAUUCAGGUGAGCUAUUUAGAGUCACCAUUAGAUUCUUGAACGUGCAACAAGGGGCUGAUGAGAGAGAACAUCUUCCAUACACGUUGUUUGGUAAGAAAACUCCUUGUGUUUUAAUUAUUGAUAGUGGUAGUUGCACUAACGUUUCUAGCACAAUGAUGGUGGAUCGAUUGAAACUUCCAACAACCAAACAUCCAAAACCAUAUACUCUUCAAUGGUUGAAUGAUUCGGGAGGUAUCAAGGUUACAAAGCAAGUUAGGGUGUUAUUUGGUGUGCAAAAGUUCCAGGAUGAAGAGUUUGAGGACGUGUUUCCCGACGAAAUUCCAAGUGGAUUACCACCCAUUCGUGGAAUUGAGCACCAAAUUGACUUUGUACCUGGUUCUACCAUACCCAAUGGGCUGGCAUAUAGAGCAAAUCCUGAGAAAACCAAAGAACUACAACGCCAAGUGGAAGAACUUCUUAAUAAAGGUUAUGUUAGGAAAAGUUUAAGUCCAUGUGUUGUUCCUGUUAUACUUGUUCCUAAGAAAGAUGGUUCUUAG